AUGGUGAUGAUUCUGAGGGUACCUGUCAUUUUUGCCGAUGAUGUGCCUGUGGUGCCUGCGGUACCACAGGCUGAGCCUGCUGUAGCUGGCGAUGAACCCAUGGUAGAUGUUGACGCACAGGACACUAAUGCAGAGACUGACGCACAAGAUACCGAUGCAGAGGAUGCUGCAGAUGAGGCUGAGGGAUUUCCUAGUGGACUCAGGGACCCAUCAGUGCUUACGGAGUAUGCUGAGCAUGUUGUAGCCAGUGUAUGGUCUGGACAGGAACAACCUGAGUUGAAGUUAUCCUCCAAUGGGAGGAAGGUGCAUAAAUUAGGCAGGCCUCUUCCUGCAAUUGAGGAGAUGGUUGCUGGGACAAGAUUAAGUCCUCUGAUCGCAUGUUCAGUAGACACCGGCGAUCAGAGAAGUAUAUCCUCGUUUGUCGAGAGGUGGCACCAGGAGACGAGUACUUUCCAUCUUCCAGUGGGGGAGGUAUCCAUCACGCUGGACGACAUCGCGUCUCUUCUUCAUCUGCCGAUCGUUGGCGACUUCCACGCCUUCCAGCCUCUACACAUCAACGAGGCGGUGCUGAUGUUGGUUGAGUUACUGAUGGUCUCACCAGAGGUAGCCAUGGCCGAGAUAGGACACUGUUGUGGACCAUACGUACGCUUACAUUGGCUACGAGACGUAUACCAGCGCAGAUGUCAGACCCAACACUGGACAGCUGCAGCUCGUGCUUAUCAUCUGCAUCUUCUGGGUUGCACUCUUUUUGCUAAUAAGAGUGCAACCCGUGUUCAUGUUUGUUGGAUAUAUGAACACUUUUCGUCUGUUGCAGAGUGCAAUGCUGAUCCAGACUACGACGAGGUGUCACCACAUGCGUGUCGAUGGAUUGCCACAAAGAAGGCUGUCAAGAAGAUAUCUACAGUGACGUACAAGCAGCGCCUGGAUCGUCUCAGGAUUCCAUAUGUUUGCUGGAUGCCAUAUGCGGAGCACCGACCGGUCCAGGAGUUUCAUCCGAUUACAUGUUUCUUAGGACAGUUCCGCAGGGGGCCUGUUGUUGUCAGAUACAGACCGGAGAGGGUUAUGCGCCAGUUCGGAUAUGUCCAGUGCAUUCCUGCACACCCUGUCGAUUCAUGGGUGUCAUUUGACAAUGUAGACGAUAGGUCGGCGCACUACUCAGACCAUCUGGCGCCAGCAGGUGACAUAUGUGUUGUGCCAGGUCAGUGUGCGCUCGACUACAUCGACUGGUUCUUUGUGAUAUCGCAUCCAUUCAUGACUGCGCCACAGACAUCAGAUCCUCCUCGAGAUGCAUCUGCGACACAGCCCAGACAUAUCCCUCAGGAGCUAGCACCAGCAUCGACACAUGCGGAUGAGCCCAGAUAUGCAGUGGAGGCUUACCAUGCCAUCGCAGAGAUGUUGGAGCAUCAUCUUAGUCUAAAUGAAGUCACGCCAGGUACAUCGACACAUGAGGUCAUCCAAAAAUGCCUCAGGAUUGCCAGCGGUGUCACAAAAGACCGCAAUGUGCAUGCCGGGUUUCGACGUAGGCGGCGCAUGAAUCAGUCAUAG